GCGACCGACAGACACAUCGGGGCGAAGCGUGGGUGAUCCGAUCCGACAGUGAGACACCGAGCCUCAGAUGGCGAGAGACUGAGGCGGAUUCCGGUCAUGCUGUGACAGAGCUGGUGCAUGACAUAUCGACUGUUGCGUCUUCGGUUAUAGACGGGGAUGAAAACCGGUGCUUUAAUAAGGAGCGACGUAAAUAUUAUUCGUUUUGUACUAACUUUGCACUCUCGCACUGCGAUUUAAUGCCGACCUAAUCCUCGAGGUGACACGCCCCAUCUUCAAACGUUGAGAAACCAAUCGGUGUUAGAGCAGCAUAGGCUACUGAAGCAAACCUUUACGUUCCGACAGAAAUCCAACGGUGUCUGAACGGAAUCUCUAUUUUUGCCCUGUAAUCCGUUUUGACGCCGUGGUGGCAAGAGAGGGUCGAACCAUGACGAAGAGCCCGCUGUACGUGCGGACCCUUUGCUGAAUUGAUGACAUAGGACCAUGGAUACUUGUCUCUAUUUUUGGCAUUCAACUCAUAAGUGUCACAAAUGGAUGAAGAAAUAGACACCCGCAAAAUCAACAACAGCUUCCUCCGCGAUCACAACUAUGCAACCGAAGCUGACAUCAUAUCCACAGUUGAGUUCAACAACACUGGGGAGCUCCUGGCCACCGGGGACAAAGGUGGACGCGUGGUGGUGUUCCAGAGAGAACAGGAGAGUAAGAAUCAGCCUCAUCGGAGGGGGGAGUACAAUGUUUACAGCACCUUUCAGAGCCACGAGCCUGAGUUCGACUACCUGAAGAGCCUGGAGAUCGAGGAGAAGAUCAACAAGAUCCGCUGGCUGCCUCAACAGAAUGCCGCCUAUUUCCUCCUCUCCACCAAUGAUAAGACUGUGAAGCUGUGGAAGAUCAGCGAGCGGGACAAGAGACCCGAGGGCUACAACCUGAAGGACGAGGAUGGCAGGAUCCGGGACCCCAACACCAUCACGUCUCUGCGGGUCCCCGUGUUGCGGCCCAUGGACCUGAUGGUGGAGGCGACUCCGCGGCGGGUGUUCUCGAACGCGCACACCUACCACAUCAACUCCAUCUCCAUCAACAGCGACUACGAGACCUACAUGUCCACAGACGACCUGCGGAUCAACCUGUGGAACCUGGAGAUCACCAACCGGAGUUUCAACAUCGUGGACAUCAAGCCGACCAACAUGGAGGAGCUGACGGAGGUGAUCACUGCGGCCGAGUUCCACCCUAACCAGUGCAACACGUUCGUCUACAGCAGCAGCAAAGGCUCCAUCCGCCUGUGUGACAUGAGGGCAGCCGCGCUGUGCGACAACCACUCCAAAUUCUUUGAGGAACCAGAGGACCCCAGCAACAGGUCCUUCUUCUCCGAGAUCAUCUCCUCCAUCUCGGAUGUGAAGUUCAGCCACAGUGGCCGGUACCUAAUGACACGGGACUACCUCACCGUCAAGGUGUGGGACCUCAACAUGGAGAGCAAACCCCUGGAGACUUACCAGGUGCAUGACUAUCUAAGAAGUAAACUCUGCUCUCUGUACGAGAAUGACUGUAUCUUCGACAAAUUUGAAUGUGUCUGGAAUGGAUCGGACAGCGUGAUCAUGACCGGCUCGUACAACAACUUCUUCCGCAUGUUCGACCGCAACACCAAGCGCGACGUGACGCUGGAGGCCUCGCGCGAGAACAGCAAGCCGCGGGCCAUCCUCAAGCCGCGCAAGGUGUGCGUGGGCGGCAAGCGGCGCAAGGACGAGAUCAGCGUGGACAGCCUGGACUUCAGCAAGAAGAUCCUGCACACCGCCUGGCACCCGUCCGAGAACAUCAUCGCCGUGGCCGCCACCAACAACCUCUACAUCUUUCAGGACAAGGUCAACUAGAGAGCCCACCACCCCGAUCCCCCUCGUCCAACCAACCCUGCUUCAAAGCCCAUCGUACCUUCUCACUCGUUUCUCUCUCUAUCUCUCUCUCUCUCUCAAUCUCCUGCUCUAUCUCUCUUUUGGCUUCUCGCGUUGACCUCCUGAGAAAGCUACGAUUGACAGGUGUCAGUCAUCCCUGAAUGAGUAGAGGGAAGAGAAGACUUGGGGAACAGGGGAAACGGGCGAGG